ACUUUCGAGCUGGUCACAUCGCCUCUACAGCUUACUCUACUGCGUCCCUCGAUCCUGCUUUAAAUCACUCUCAGCUUUGUCGCAUUUGAUGACAAAAAAGCAAACCUACGCCUACACGCGAUGCUCUUCGUCUUCCUUUGUUCUUGCUGGAACAAUUUUCUGCUCUUCCUCUUCGAUCUCCUUUGGAUUGAGAUGAACUAGAUAGUAGUAGUCAGUAUAUAUAAAUACGAGGCAUGUGUCGCUAGCUAUUACAGUGGCUAUCUCGAAGCCCGGCCAAGAGGUAGCCAUGGUGCUGUUCGAGAAUGUCGUCUGCGACCAAUCCACUAGGCUGUUCGUCUCCAACCUUACCUCCACGUACGUCAACCAGAGCAAUGAGGCCUCCAUGGUGGCGGCCUCCGUCAUCAUGUUCGUCCUCGCCGGGGUCUUCUUCAACCUGAACCUCUUCAGCGGCAUCUCCGACGUGAGUGCCAUCCUCGACCCCAAGGUCCGCAUCGUCCUCUCCUCGGCGCUCUCCCUGCUGCUCCCCGUCAUGUCGUACCUCUUUUCCGAGGCCAAGAACGCCGGCAAGGCCAGCUCCACCAAGCCCGCCGGUGCCGGCGCCGCCACGGACCUGACGCUGCAGGCUUUGGUCAUCCUCGUGUGGAUGCUGCUGGUGGAGCUCCUCCGCAAGAAGGUGGACGAGAUCCGCAUGAAGGGCAUCUCCAGCAGCCUCCAGCGCGCCGGCCGUGUCGUCUGGCUGGGCAGCCUGGUCUUCUUCAACAUCCGCAGCGCCGGCCGGAAGAUCCUCUUCGGCAUCCUCUGGAUCCUCUGCGCCACCACGGUGGUGCAGCGGAUCGCCUUCACCGAGUUCGGCAAGCGCUCCUACGCCCACGGCAAGAACGCCAGGCUCAUCGCCUCCUACAUGGCACAAAUCCUUGGCCUCCACGUUGUUCCUGUCGUGCACCACGACGCCGGCGACGUGGAGCAUGCUGCUCAACGACCGACGCCUGAGCAGCUGCUGAAGGCGUGCCCGUACAUCGUGGUGGGAGAAGAUCAGCUGGUGAAGGAGGCGACGGCGGACGGUUACGAUCUGAACGUUGACCCGAACGGCGUUGCGGUCGUCACCGGCGUAGUCACAGUCGGCGAUGUCUGGAGGCUCACCGAGAGUGAUUCGAGCUUCGAUGGCUGGGAUCGAGACCAACGCCUGAGGAGGCUCUGUCUCUCCUUCGCUCUCUUCAAGCUCCUCCGCCGCCGGUUCGAGCAGCACGAGCCACUGACCGAGGAGGAAGCCACCCACGGCAGGGAGCUCAUCCUCAAGGGCCUCUACUGCAAUAAGGUCAAGGAGGACGGACAUGGAGGCACGGUGAGGAUGACGACGGACUCCGAGGCGGUGUUCCAGGUGAUCACCGACGACGUCAACUUCCUCUCCGAGUACUACCACUCCGUCGUCCCCGUCAUCUUCGCGAGCCCCUUCUUCCUGCUCGCCAACUACCUCCUCUUGCCCGUGGUCGUGCUCGGCCUCUGCCUCAUGACCGUCUUCCUCUGCGGCAACGGAGACUUCGGCUACGCACUGGCCAGCAUCCACGUGGACAACUACACCCUCAGCACCGGCAUCCGCAACCUGACCAUGUGCCUCUUCAAGGAGGUCAAAAAGUCCCCCAACUCCUUCUUCGCCCUGCUUGACCUCGCCAUCACCUUCCUCCUCUUCAUCAUCUUCGUCUACGAGUCCGUCUGGGAGCUCGCCGUCUUCCUCCUCUCCAACUGGUUCAUGGUCGCGCUCGUCUGCGACUACGCGGCCAGGCCGGCGUGGCGAGAGAAGCCCAGCUUCAGGUGGGGCUUCCGCCGGAUCCGGUGGCUGCGGAGCAGGAUGAGCCACGGCGAGCUCACCAUCAAACAGUUCUCCGUGCUCAACCUGCGGUGGCCGCCGGUCUUCCCGCUGCCGUCCACGCUCUCCCUGCUGGUGCGGGCCAGGACUGUUCCGGCCUCUGUUAAGGACUCCAUCAUGGAGUACCUCGUGGCACAUGACCAUGCUGCUCCCAUCUCCAUUGGCAAGCCCGUGGUAGACCAAGAUCUUCAAUGGGCGUUCAAGAGCAAGAGCAUCGCCGAGGUCAUCCUCACCUGGCACAUCGCCACCACCAUAUUCGAGGACAAAUUCCCAUCUCAUACCUCGAGCAGCAUUGUGGCGACGAGGCUGUCCAAGUACUGUUCAUACCUGGUGAUCUUCCACCCGGAGCUCCUGCCGGACAAUCAGGACAAGACGGAGGACGUCGUCGACCUCGUGAAAAAGGAGCUCAAGGAGAGCCUCGGCUGCCUGGAGUUCUUCUUCUUCCGGCAGGCCGCCCGGGUCGAGAGGAUCAUGAAGCUCGAGGGAGAAGGGAGCUGGACAGAAAAGAAGGUGGUGAAAAAUGGUGUGACGCUAGGUGCUUCAUUACGGGCAAAGGCAAAGCCGCCGAAUGAUCCGGGAAGCAAGCCGCCGAAUGAUCCGGAAAUUGUGUGGAAGAUGCUGGGCGAUGUGUGGACGGAGAUUAUGAUCUACCUGGCACCAUCGACGGACGAGGAACGCAUGAAGGGGCAUGAGAACGCGCUGGUGGAGGGAGGCGAGUUCAUCACCGUGCUCUGGGCACUGACCACGCACACUGGCGUAUCCCGGAAGCCCAUGCCGGAUGGUGGUCAGGGCGAAGAUGGCGAUCGUACUAAGCGGGCUGCAGGUUCACCUGGAUCCGGCCAUUGAUUCGCUUGCAUAUAUAUUACUGCUCGCUCUUUGAGUUUGUAUUGCGUGUUCUGUGUGUUUGUUCACCUCCCUUUUGAUUCUUUCUGAGUGCCGGGCAUUUUAUGAGUGCCAGAGUGUGUUCGGAGUACGCUCUGAAGUAUUACGGAAGAGAUCGAUAUGCAUGGGUUUGUAAUUCAGCUGAAGUUCUGUUUGAAUUUAUACAACAUCUUUUGCUUUAACAA